UCGCACCGGACGCCUACGUCAGUUCCGGAUUCUCGCCCCGCAGAAUUGGAGGGUCCAUUUCCGUUUCCGGUUUUCCUCAGCCGCCCCUCUGUUGAGCGUCCACGGUAACGGGUGGCUCCGUUUCCCGAGGGGUAGCUGGCGGCGGCGGCGGCGUGGAUGAGGAGAGCCGCACCGAGCCCCUGGUGUGUGUGUGUGUCUCCACGGGGAUCGGCUGGAGUUUCCUCCCCUCCCCCUCCCCACCCCUUCCCUAUCUCUGGGGAGGCCGGGCCUUCCUCUCGGUGCUCAUGAAGCCUGAGGCUCGGGCUGGCGGCGGCUCCUCCCCAGUGUCUGCCUGAGGGGUCCUGCCUGCUGUGUGUGUGUGUGGGGAGGGGGAACAGGGGAGGAAGGAUCCGCCCAAGGGGGUUUUUUAACGGGUUUAAUUAUGGACUACUUAUUAGAUCAUGUCAUCCACUAAUCGAAACAGGGAUAUUGAGCGGCGAGCUGAGUACCUGCAAGCUGACCAGUGUUUGCCACCUUCCAGUGAUAACUCCAUGGAUAGGAUCUGGUUCAUCAAAGAUGGCUGUGGUCUGGCCUGUGCCAUCGUGACCUGGAUGCUGAUUUUCUACGCAGAGUUUGUUGUUAUUUUUGUAAUGCUAGUUCCAGCAAAAGACUUAUUGUACAGUAUCAUUAAUGGAAUUAUCUUCAAUACACUAGCUUUCCUUGCUUUGGCUUCUCACUCCCGAGCAAUGCUGACGGAUCCUGGUGCAGUACCAAAAGGGAAUGCCACUAAAGAGUUCAUUGAAAGUUUACAGUUGAAGCCGGGCCAAGUGGUAUACAAAUGCCCCAAGUGCUGCAGCAUCAAACCAGAGCGAGCACAUCAUUGCAGUGUAUGCAAGAGAUGUAUUCGAAAGAUGGAUCACCACUGCCCAUGGGUUAACAACUGUGUGGGAGAGAAUAACCAGAAAUACUUUGUGUUGUUUACAAUGUACAUAGCUUUGAUAUCACUACAUGCCCUUAUCAUGGUUUGCUUUCACUUUCUGUAUUGCUUUGAAGAAGAGUGGACAAAAUGCAGCUCAUUCUCGCCACCAUCCACAGUGAUACUUCUCAUUCUACUGUGCUUUGAGGGUCUUCUGUUCCUUAUUUUCACUGCCGUCAUGUUUGGCACCCAAGUACAUUCCAUCUGUUCGGAUGAAACAGGAAUAGAGCAGUUGAAAAAGGAAGAGAGAAGAUGGGCUAAAAAAACAAAAUGGAUGAAUAUGAAAGCUGUGUUCGGUCAUCCAUUUUCAAUAGAAUGGCUCAGUCCAUUCGCAACUCCAGAUCAAGGGAAGGUAGACCCGUACCAGUAUGUGGUCUGAGUCAUCCUAGGCCAGCAAUCCAAUUCAAACUGGUUACUUAAUAACUAUUUUCACAAGUACCAGUCAUAACUUACUAUAUAAGUUAUUUACAAGCGACUGUAUCCUUCCUGAUCCAAGUGUUUUUUUAGAAGCAUGGAUGAUGAAAAAGGUGCACGCCAUGGUUCGACUUUAUUCCAGCAGUCUUUGAUCCAUGAAAAUAAUAAGACAGUAAAAUGUCUCACUUCCUUUUCUUCGACACUGGGAUAUUGUAUGAUACAAGCAGGCUUCUAAAGUCUGCAGUUUGAGCUGUAAAAUUGAAAUAAAGGAAACUGAAGUAAAUCAAGUGAUUGAAAGUACUGUUAAGGAUCAGGCAUCCUUCUGAAACUUCAGGAUAUAUAAUAGGGUCUGGAUUAAUUCUUUAGACUUGAUUUGCCUUUAUUGAUUUAUACCUAAACGUUCUGUAACAAUUACAGUUCUGAAUUAUAAGCUGCCUUUAUUAACCUGGUAUUACAGUAAUUAUUGAGUGCUAUGGGGUGUUGCUAAGGUGUGCAAAUGCUAAUCACAGAUGAGAUGAAACUGCUUGCUUAAAUUUUCUGUCCCUACUUUGUAACCUUCAAAAUGCUGACUUCCUGAUCUUACUCUGUCCUGUUUUUGCUCUUGUGUGAACAAUUUACACUCUGGUUCACUUGAUACAUAGUGGGAGAGUGGUGUGCUCUGGCCUUGCCCCCUCAGUGUUAGUCUUCUUGUGCGAUCUGCGUUAUACCAAAGAAGCAGAUGACCCUCCUUGUUGUUAGGAAAUCACUUGGCCUUUUAAAAGGACCAUUACUAAACAAAUCCUGUAAAAUGAAGAUUGUUAAUCAAGGUUGUGGAAAGAGCCUUUAAUGCAAUGGUGUACACACUGAUAUUGGUUCACACCUGAUGACAUUGCUCUUCCUCCACUUCUUUUCAUGGUGUACACGUUUGUGACAAGGGAUUUCAUCUAAUUUUAUGUGGCCAUCCAGUUUUCUGAUGUGCCAAAAUCAUUGUUAUUUGGACCGUCAACAUGAUACAAUUUCUUUUGCAUCUUUUAAAAUGACUUUUCUCGGAUGUUAGUUUUUAUAACUCUUGGUCUGACCCAUCUCCAUUUUCCUUGUCCUUAGCAUGUUAAGUCAACAUAACAAUGAAUAUGCUAAGAACUUUAGCUAUUAAUCCUACAAGUUUGUCCAUAAUGUUAAACUAUUAUUGCUUGAUGUUGUCCUGUAUAAAUUUAUUCAUCCCUAAUAUUUGCAGUUUUCAGCAGGCAGAGUAAAUUCAGUCUUCCAAAUACUGUAGGCAAAAUGGCUUUUUUAUACACGUUCAGAAGUUACAUUUAAAAGCAUGACAUUUUUAAAAAAUCUUUUUAAAAGAAAAAUUCCGUCUAUUACCUCAUUUAUUUUUAAACAUUGUUGUGGAUUUUUUUUCAAUGUUUUUCCAAGCUGUCAUUUCUUUCCUUAAAUUGGAACAGGAAUAGGCAAAUCAGUUGCUCAGGACUGUCCCACCAUUCAUGUACCUUACCCAACAAGAAUCUAUAGAUUUGUCUUUUUACAGCUUAAAUUGAAUCAGUGUCCAUGAUGUGCUAAUGUUAUGAAAACAUUGCUUCUUGUCAUAUCAGUCCACAAGUACAACUUAAAAAGCUCUAGUAUUCAGAUCUGAGAACUGGGAUUGAAGUGAAGUGAUUCCUAGGGCUUGGUCUUGACUUUGUUCCUGACCAACUCUGCCAAACAGCAAGUUUUUAUAGCCAUCCUGUGGCAAUGCUCCCAUGUUCACAAUCUAUUGGUGCCAUAAACAGAGGGCUUUAUUCAGAAUAGGCUAAUGUUAGGGCUAGAUCAAAUUUUGUUCACAAGAUUGUUUUGUCUUUUAAUUAUUUGCAUCCACAGAAUGUUUAUUUUGAAGUUGUUAAUUCUUGAUGCAUUUAGUCAAGUUUAUAGACAUUAUGCAUGGGUAGAUACAAAAUGGCCACAAAAAAGAUUUAAAUUGCAUCUUUGAAUCUCCAUCAGCUCAAUCCAAUGGCUGUGUCUAAAUGUAUUGAAGACCCCCCCCCC